CAUUCCAUCUGAGGACGUGGCUAAACUUACGUCUCAACCCCGUGUGUUAGCAGAGCAGACCGGGGCGAUUCAAACAGGGCUAACCGGCUUUGUUCAUAGCUAGCACAGAGAGUAAUUUACUUCAACAUUUAUAUACAGAAGUGAGACAUCCUCCACGAGGUACAAUGUCUGGGAAAAUCAAGAACCGAAAUGCCGCGAACGCAGAGGCGCUAACCGGCGGAGUGUCCUGCGAUGAGCGUAUCUUGCGGGACUGUCAUCAACUGUACACGGAUCCAGCCAGUGGGUUGAUCUCUGUUGCCGAAACUGUUGGUGUGAAGCUGCUGGCGCCCAGGAAAAAGAUCACUGUGAUGCUGAUGGGAAACCACUCUGCUGGGAAAAGCUCCUUCAUCAACUGGUAUGUUGAAGAGCACAUCCAGCGCACAGGAGUGGCCAUUGAGACUCAAGGCUUCAGCUUUGUUACAAGUGGGCGCAAGAGAGAAUCUCUCACAGGAAAUGCCACCCUUCAUCUGUAUCCACAUUUCAAGCCUCUGCAAGAGUUCAAAGGUGUUUCAGAGUACUUGAGCACAGAGAUCUGCACGUCGCGACAGAAACGUUUCAGCCUGGUGACGUUUGUGGAUUCACCGGGGCUGGUGGACGGUGAUAUGAAGUACCCCUUCGAUGUGGACGAGGUCAUCAUGUGGCUGGGCGAUGUCUGUGACCUGAUCCUGGUCUUCUUUGACCCCAUGGGUCAGGCUCUGUGCAAGCGCAGCCUCAACAUUGUGGAGAAACUGAAUGACAAACAUGGAGACCGACUGCACUUCUACCUGAGCAAGGCUGACGAGGCCGGGGGGGAAUCGGACAGACAGAGAGUAAUGAUGCAGAUUGUCCAGGAGCUCUGCAAGCGGCCUGGACUCAACAAGUGUGGUUUUGACAUGCCCACAAUCUACAUUCCUAAUCCAAAUAAGCCGAGUCGCUGUGUGAACCAGAUCGAGGAUGUUUGUCGCACCGUCGAGAAAACCAUCAACCAAACGGUCCAGAAUACUCUGAACUCCCUGGAGAAGGACUGCGAGGUGAUCAGCGAGGCCAUCGCUGACACGCUCAGCAACGACAGGCAGGUCAGUGCCAGUAACCGGCGUGCGCGCUGUAAGAGCUGCUUCCUCACGCUGCUGGGCUUCAGCGUGCCUCUGGCCCUGGCGGCGCUGCUGGUGCUGGGCGUCCUCUCCGAGGAGCUGCUGAAGGUGGCCCUGGGCCCCGAGGGCACCGAGACCCUCGCUCUCUACCUGGCUCCGGCUGUGAAACUGUUCGAAACGCUGUCUGUGGAGCAGCAGCUGUACGGCGUGGGCGGGAUGGUGCUGCUCUCCUUCCUCCUGCUCAUCUUCGCACGCUACUUCUUCAGGUACCACAAUAACGUCUGA